ACCAUUAUUCUUAUCUUUACUCGUUUGUGCUGCUGCAGUCGGAUGGAGAAAGGUGUAAAGUUUUGGGUCGUGUCUUGCAAUAAUCAAUACUCAACUCGGUUGAUGAAACCAAAUGACCCCAGUACUGCACCCUCACCCUAAUGUGCAUAAAAAUAUUUUCCGCCGGUAGACAAAAGUUUGCUCCAUUUAGUUCUCAUUGAGGAGUGAGCUGACGUCAAAUGCUGACCGGCUUAAUUGUCGUUUAAAGGUCAAGUAUUGCAUUUUUCACAAGUAGAGGUUAAGAGUUGACAGCAGACGGAAAGCCCAAUUAAGAUCCUCAAAUCAGUUAAAACAUCGGGCUCAAUUGAAACAGAAAGAAUCCGCCUGAGCAGAGUUAAUAACUCUACUAACUCUGGCCUGAGGGUUUGAAAUACUUUCCUGGGAUUGUCACAGAAACCUCCGCACGAUGACUUCUUUAUCUGGAACAGUUUAUGGAUCUCCCUUGCCUCAUAUCCUCGUUGACUACCGAUCUACGGAGUCCAAAACUCGCCUCUGCCGUGCUCUGCAAACUGGUUAUGCUGUUCCUUACCUAUCUUUGUCGUCAUGCUAUAAUAGUCAAACCGUACCAUCUCAUUGCGGAGUUAGUACUUUAGCAAUCAUCCUUAAUGCCUUGCGAAUAGAUCCUCAGCGUAAAUGGAAUGCUUUGUCAACAUGGCGAUGGUAUACUGCAGAACUUUUAAACUGCUGCGGGGCAUUGGAGGUCGUGAGAGAAGAUGGACGAACAACUUUGGAUGAAUUUGCAUAUUUGGCCAACUGCAAUGGAGCAGAAACGAGACUUGUUCGGCCAAAUUACUCGAAAGAACAUCAAGAAGAGUUUCUUCACGCUUUAGAGCGAGUUUGCACUGGUGAUAAAAAGUCAAAGAAGGAACUCGUCGAUGAAGAACAUCCAGAAGAGCUUAUGGCAGUUUCGUUUUCGAGGAAAGCUCUUGGUCAAGUUGGGGAAGGCCACUUUAGCCCUAUUGCCGCAAUGGACAACGAAUCAAACUCCGUGUUGAUAUUUGACACGGCAAGAUACAAAUACCCGCCAUACUGGGCUCCUAUUGAAAGCCUUUUCCAAUCUAUGCUACCACUGGAUAGUGAUACUGGAAAAAGUCGUGGUUAUGUAGUAUUAAAGGCAAAACAAGAAUGGAAAUUUACAGCUCCUGCGUCAAUUAUGGAGAAAAACGGAUGUGAUUCUUAGAAAUGUAAAAAAAAGGUUCCCUCAUAGGUAAUUACAAAACCGCCAAGCGAUGAAGUUCGACUCUUUUAAUUCCCUUUUUCAUAGCACCUGUUAAGCGAUUAAGACUAUUCUCACACAAAGCUGUAGUCACAGUGACAAUCUGUUGUUUUUGCCAUUGUUUUCAGUCUUUUCUAUACAAC